CUGCAUUGUAACUUACUCACUGGCUUGUUCGGCGUGUUGGAGAAAGAAGCGCCUCAGGUUUCCGGCGACUGAAUUACUGUAAACUAACUGAAAUGAUGAAAACGGAAUAGUCGAGACAAUCAGAAGAAGCUUUGGAUGUGCUUUUGAAAACAGCCGCGUUCAUUCUGUGUGUUUUUUCCCACGACAAAAAGCGAGAAACUUUGGGAAUCUUUGGAAAAACAUUGGGCUCGAGCCGCAGGAGGAGAGCAGGAUGGGCAAGUCCUUCGUCAUGAGGCUCACGGUGCUUCUCAUCAUGCUGCUGCUGAUUGUGGUGAGCAGGGGAACGUCCGGAGAACCGUUGCAGAAUCGGACAGCCCGGCAGCAAGCGUGCCUGGAAAACCAGGAGUACCCACACAUGGGCUUCUGCUGCAAGAACUGCGAGGCUGGCACCUACGUGAAGGAGAAGUGCAGCGCAGAUCAGCAGCAAGGCAAAUGUGCUGUAUGUGAGCCGGGCACCUACGCAGAGCAUCCAACCGGCAUGGAGCAGUGCCUUCAGUGCAGCCAGUGCCACAUGGACCAGAACGAGACGCAGCCAUGUACGAGCAGUAGGAACACUCAGUGCGAGUGCAAGUCUGGUCUCUUCUGCCUGCCUGACGAGCCCUGCGAAGUGUGCAAGAAAUGCACCAGGUGUAAGGCGGACGAAAUCGAGGAGCAUAAGUGCACACCCACCUCCAACACCAAGUGCAGGAAACGCCCUCCUUCGCCCUACGACCCCACCGUCAGACCCACACUGCCAUCUGAACCUUCGAAGAGUAAUACGGUUACAGUAGUGCUUGUAUUUUUCUUAAUCAUCAUUGUUGUUGCUGUGGUGGCUGCAGCAGUCUGGUUUUGGAAGAAGAAGCCUUCAUGUGGAAGACAAGGGAGCCCAGUUGCUCCGAAUGAUGAGGUCAAGAUCCCGAUAGACGGAGUGUGUGCCCCCUCUGUGGAGGAGAAGGAGAACUGCCGCAACGCGGAUUUAGAGGAAGCGGAGGAACCCCGCCCAGAGUCCCGCCCCCUGCUCCAGGAAACUCAGGGACUGAGCACUAAAAGCAUGCCGGUGGAAGACGAGGACCGGGGACUGGGCGAUAGCCUGCCCAACACCACCAGCUCUUCCCAGACCAGCCUGUCUGCACUGCCCAUCACAGUGCCCUCUGUGGGUGAAUCCCCCCGCCACAGCCCCCGCACACAGAGGCCGACGCUGAACGGGGAACGAGAGCCAGAGACGUGGGCAAGGGACGACUGCCCUCCCAGAAAGCUUGUCCCAUUACAUGACAACGAGACGUCUCUGAGCAAGAGCUUCGACUUGUUCGACUCGCUGGACAUGCGCAUGCACAACAAAUUCUUCCGCAGCAUCGGCCUGAGCGACAACGCCAUCAAGCUGGCCGAGUCGCAGAACGCUGGAGACAAGGUCUACGAGCUGCUGCGCAUCUGGAUGCAGCGGGAGGGCCUCCGGGCCAACAUCAACGACCUGCUGCAAGCCCUGUUGGAGCUGGACCAGCGCUACACUGCCGAGCAGAUCGCCUCCAGAGCCGUGGAUCGGGGCUACUACAAGUACGAGUGAAGAUGUUCAGUCGGAACGGCAUUCUUACGAACUCGUGAAAAGGGUAAAACCAUGACGAGGAGAAGAAAGUGGUAUUAAGAGACUGGAUUUGAAAUAGGGGAGUGGAACCAGACUCAUUUUUAGCUUGGCUCCCUCCCUCCCCGGCCUAUUGGCCAGACAUGGACUGACGUUUCUAGCCAAACAGGCUUUAGCAACCACAAGCGGCUUUAAAAGCCAACACUGGACUUGGCGAAGACCAGCGCCGGAUAACGGGGCGGCUUUUAUGUAGCUCCACCCUAAACCGGGCUGGCUUUGCCUCAAGCAAUGCACUGGCCACAGGCUUUUUAAACUACAGGUUGGUCUGAAGCCUACGUAGAGAUUUCAGUAUGCCUUUGGUUAUGCCAAACGUAGCUGUAUCAAUGUGGGCCAGCGGCCUAAGCCUUUUUAUUGCGUUUUGACUACAUAUUGGCAAGUUUUGUGCACAUUGAUGGUUGAAACUACAGGUAGUUGAAGCCCCAGCCUACACUACAUGCAAAGCUGAGUCAGGUUUUCUCUUGGUAGUUGAUUGUUGACUUUGGAUGCUUUAAAGUUAAAAUGGGGACAAAAAAAUUAAAGAAAAAGUAUAAAGAUUUGCGAGAGCUGGCAGACUGUCUGCCAUAAGCUUAAACAGCAAAGACAGCGACUUUAGUUGAAACGGUGAUACAGUCAGUUUCACUGCUACAAUAACUAACAUACUGUAUUUGCUAAGGAAAUGUCGAGAGCUCUAGGGCAGGUUCUGCUGCUCCUCAUAGCUCAGCAGCGUUACGACAAACACUUUCUCGGCUGACGUGAGCCUUUCCGAACAGCACACUGUUCUGCCGCCUCAUGAAAGGUUUCGUUUUCUCAUUCAGAGCGAAUUUUGUGUCUGCUUGGCUGAGCGACUGCGUUGGUGAUGUUACAUAUACACCCCUCAGUGUCCUCCCAGCCGUCGGCUUCUUCCAUUUCCUUAUUUAUAUAAAGACGUGACGUAUUUAUUGCCGUAACGCGAUUGCGUAUAAUUAUUUAUACCUCUUAACAAUACUUUUCGUUAAGUUUGCGAUGUGACCGAGAGCGUGUGGGGCUUUGUGGCUCAUUUCAAGACGCCAAAGCUUCAUUCGGCUUAAAGCUCUCUUUCUCUGGAGCUCCACAUUUCUUAGCAGACACCUCGCGUCGCUCACGAUGGAUGAGCUCUGUUCAUAACGCUUAUCAUGAGCACAAAGUGCAUCCCCUUUAUUAAACAAGGACAUGCCAGCAUCACUAGGCUCAUCGUCUGAGGAUGAGAAACAGAAUGCCGUGUCCAGCUUCCCCACCACCUCCUGCUUCAGAACAGAUCUCGGGAGGCCUCGCUGGCCUCGCCAUCUCCUGCUAACCGCUACAAGAUGGAUGUGCUGCCGUGCACUGGUACGUUCGUGUUCGUGUUCUUCAGGGUUCUCAUGGAAAGAUGAAGGAAAGCUUCAUACGUCCAAAUUUGUUCUCAGCCUCAGUUGUACAUAGUCAGAUAGUGAAGCCCUGUUAGGACAAAGAUAGAUUUAUUGUAUAUUUAUAGAAACACUUAUUAAACAAAAUGAAGUAUAGUCAACUGAACAAACUGAAGGAACAAAUUGAUUGACAGAAUAAUUUAUAGAGUUAUGUUGACAUAGGUUAGGCCCCUAUUGGCUCAUCUGGAUAGCAGUACAAUAUCAGUCAAAAGUUGAUCAUGGAAGGGAUUUUUCUUUGUUUAGUAUUACAGUUUUACAAAAUUGAGAAAUGAAAAUCAGAAAUAUUGGCCUUUUAGCCAAUACAGAUAUUUAGGCUCCAACACCUGAUUGGCUUGAAGACAUGCAUCCCACUAAGCGUGUUUAAAUAAAUGAAAUCUGACCAUCAGCUCAGAAUGUCGUCAGGAUUGUGCUUGUGAUUGUCCAAACUUUUGACUGAUGCUGUAAAUGAUCUUUGCUUUUUGACUCAGCUAUAUGACUCUAGUGUUGUUGUUAUGGCUGUAUGGAUUGAUCCUCAUUUUAUUUUCAGUUGUGAGGCAGAUCCUGUCUAUAUAGGUUUUUUUUUUUUUUUUAAACACAUGGUUUUGCAAUAUGCCUAAAGAAACCAGACCAGCGCAAAAACAAAAGGCACUCGGCGCGAUUCAAAUACAGUGCAGGCACUGCCACCUAGUGACCAAGAGUGAAAUGACAGGAGAAAAGAUACCUGCAUCAGUUUCAAGGGACCUGUUUCUUUUGCUUUUUAUUCAGUCCUCUCCCUUCUACUGAAUCUCUCUCUUUUGCACAUUCUGCGUAGUUUGCUCCACACCAGAACACAUCAGUGUUCUACAGAUGAGCUCACCGUGAACUCUUUUCUCGUAUAAAUUACGUCCCAGAACUUCAGCCUUCUCAUUUAAUGUUUUUCUCUCUGCACUAGCUCAUCCACCUUUAGCUCUGUUUAGAAAUUAAUCCUUUUUUUCCCCUUAGAUUGUUUGCUCAAUAAUGGAUUUAUGUUUGCUGUUGCAAAUGUAUUUGUAGAUUUUUUUAAAAAAUAAAAGAUUCAUACUA